UUUGAGUCAAAUGCAACAAGAAAAAGUGAAGCUGACAACAUGCUGCACACUUUCAUGGAACUGUUUUCAAACCAGAUUGUAGAGGCAGAACCAUACAGUAUAUCAGGCAUCCAACAUAGACCACCAACACCAUACCUUUCUAAAAAGAAAAAGCUAGUAUAUAAAAGAAGCUUGGAAAAAUCAACGUUGUUUCAAUCUUGUCCAGCAUAUUACGACCCAGAUGUUGAGAGGGCAUGGAGUUUGGGAUUCACAGGAAAGGGGGUCACUGUCGCCAUCGUGGACACAGGAGUUUAUAUCAACCAUCCAGACCUGAAACGGAAUAUUAAUAAGGCACUUUCGUUUAGUUUUGUAAAUGAGGACAACACAGGUCACGUGGAACCUCAGCGAUCUCAUAAUUAUCAUGAAUACAACACAUAUACAAAUCAUGGAACUUUGGCAGCUGGAAUUGUCGGAGCAGAGAUGGGAAACAAUGUGUGUUUUGCGGGGGUAGCUUUCAAUUCAUCUGUUGUAGCACUUAAGGUUUUUCACACGGACCAACAGGAACUACAAUGGACGGGAUUGAGGUUUCCUCUUUUUAACAAUGAGAAGAUACCGGCUGCUCUUGAACACAAGAGGGAUGUCAUCGACAUUUACUCGGAAGACAAGGAAUAGGCAGUAUUUUUGUAUUUUCUGCUGGAAAUUACUUUGGACAGAACACGAAAAUUCAUGAUUGCAACAUGGAGUUUUAUGCCAGCAGUAUUUAUACUAUUACCAUAGCAAGUGUCGGAAGGCAUGGGAAGAGACCUAAAUACGUAAGGCCAGGAGCAUGCAUUCUGGCUGCUACCUUCGGAGAUUUCCGCACGUGGUCAGGAGAUAUAUUGAAAUCAACAAGCAAUUGGGACUCAUGCGCGAUAUUUCAAGGAACAUCAGCGGCAGCUGCGAGAGCUUCUGGAAUGAUAGCCAUUAUGUUGGAAGCCAACCCAAGGCUAACUUGCAGAGACGUUCAGUACAUUAUCGUCCUCACAUCGUCUUUAGAGAACGUGAAACGAUAUGGAAACUCGGUGCAAAAUGCAGCUGGAUUAAAAUUUGACAAGUAUUUCGGUUUUGGAUUGAUGAACGCAACUGCAAUGGUUUUGAAGGCGCGUGUAUGGAUUCCAGUCGCCAGGCAGCUUAGUUAUACAACCAUUUUCAAUAAAGACUCGGAUAAGGUAUUCACCAGUGUUGUCAGUGCCAACACCAGUGUUCCACCGUUGAACGAAUCGUUAUAUCCUAAAUUACUUGAACAAGUUGCAGUAUUCGUUGACAUUGAGAUUAGCAAUACCAAAGUUGAAGAUAUCGAUAUAGUUCUAAAAUCACCUUCCAAGACUUUGAGUUACCUUUUGUCUCAUAAGAAUUUAAAUACCACAAAAACAAAAUCACUCGAUGGACCUGCAAUGGUACAGUGGACCUUUACCUCUGUACAUUUUUGGGGAGAAUUUCUGAAUGGAGAAUGGAAAAUAUUUUUUAAAACGAACAAAGAACAAGAAUCGUUGUUUACAAUACGAAAUAUAUCAAUUUCCUUUUACGGAGUGAGUGAUCUGAAGGAAGCAAGUCCCAGUGAUAUUUCUGACGAAUCUGAUAUUGAUGACAUAGCGGAAAAGGUGUGUGAAUUUGCUGGUGAACAAUAUGAAGAAAUCAAACGUAACCCAGAUUUUGUUAUUGUCGCUGUUGGAUGGAUUGUAGGAAUUGUACCAUUAUUAGGCCUUUUGAUAUGGUGUUACGUAAACAGGUUCUCCAGAAGACCUAUACGUGGUGACAACCAGGAACAUCCGGAGGAGGAGCUGAGACUUCAGCAGUUAGAAGAGCCAAGUGUGGCAAGCGAUGAUAAGGUUUUAGGAUUAAUUUUGUAAAGCAUUGAGUUUCGCAGUGUGAUAUGUUGUUACUUCAAUGACGAUAUAUCGAGGAUAUGCAAUCGUGAAGAGUUUUGAAUGAACAGUAGAAGGGAAUGAACAUAUAUACAUACUGCUUAAUCAAGAUGUUUUGUUUAAACAUGAAUGUUGUUUGAUACAAGCAGUAUAGAUAACCGAUUACACAAAAUGCAUUUGAAGUUUGAAAAUUCAUUUAUGUGAAACGGUUAGCGUUUUCAUCGAUUACAGCCAAACAAAGAUAUUCGUUGUUAUCAAUCGGAUUAGAGAUGUUAAAGACAGUUGACUAUUCAGUGAAAUGCCUUUAUUUGUUAAACAAGUUGUUGAUGGCUGGUUACGAACUUAUACUUUGCACUGUCUUUGUGUUUUGGCUGCCAUGAUCUAUAUACCUUAAUCUUGUUUAUAUGAUAAAUAAAGGA